AUGCCUCGAGCGCCCCCAAAGAAACGUGCCCCGCGCAAGUCCAAGACCAAGCGAGGCUCUGCGGCACCUCUAACCCCCACGGUCAGUGUUGAGACAGAGCCCUCGCAACGCCCGUGGCUCCCUCGGCAGACCCCGCCAUCGCAGCGUGAACUGCCUGAGAAAAGGCAGGCUCAUACGACCGCGGGGGUUUCAGGACCAGUGCAGAGCACCGCCAAGCGGAAUGAUCGCCCGUCUCCCCUGACCAAUUUCUUGGUUGAGAGCCCCAGUGGAAACGACACUGUCAUCGAUUACUUGGCCAAAAAAGGAUACAGCCGCACUGAGGCCAUGCUGCGGAUGGAGUCGGCCAACCAAGAGAUUGACGGUCGCCCUCUACCUCCUCUUGGGGAAGAUGCUCGCCCGAAGUUCAAGCAGGGGUUUGAUCUUUUGAAGACAUGGGUGGAAGAAAACCUUGACCUGUACAAGCCGGAACUCCGUCGGGUGCUAUGGCCACUCUUUGUCUACUCGUUCCUGAACAUGAUUACCUCUUUCUACCCUCAGGAUGCAAAGGCUUUCUUUGAGGCCAACAAGAACAUGUUCCUUCCGGAACAUACGGAUGAUAUCCGUGUCUUCGAACCCAUCAGUCUACCGGAGCACGUCCAGGGCAACUCAGUGGCCAAGCUCUACCGGACUAACAAGUAUCGAAUUGUUCUGAGUAACCCCGCAUACACUAAUCUUCUACAAUUCCUAGAAAGCAAGGAAAAAGAAGGAGGAUCCGUGAUGAACGCCAUUCUUAGCAGCUUUUGCGUUGUCAAGACCAUGGACCGCGCCGCCGAUGAUAGGUUCAGUUUUGCUACAAUGCUGGGCCAGAUCGGAGCAGGCCAGUCGUUCCCUGCUGAGGAUGAGGGCAUUCCCGGUCACCAUCCCGGCUCCGCUUAUACUGGAGACAAUCCAGCCAUGGCGGGUACUCUGCCACGACUUCGCCUUGGAAAAAUGCCGAUGGAGCCAGCGAUGGAAGAGGAUGUGCGUGCGGAACUCGCGGAGGAAGAUGCCAAGGAACCCCCUGUUGCCGGGCGUAACACUCUUACCCAGGAGUUCGAGCAGAUGAUCAAGAAGGAGGAAGAUGACGAGGCGCCCACCCGCGCUGAUAUCCCCUUUCCUUCUUCCACCGCUCGCGACGUGCGCAUGGAAGUGAUGAAGGUUAAGGAAAACCGGGACCGGUAUAAGAUUGAAGGACGCACUGGUGGCGUGGGCCCUGGUGUCAGUGUGUGCAUGUUCACUUUCCACAACACCUAUGAUGGCAUAAAUUGCCUCGACUUCUCCGACGACAAUAUCCUCGUGGCCGCCGGUUUCGAGCAGUCAUACAUUCGUGUCUGGACCCUUGAUGGGAACAACAUUGAAGCAGCCUAUCCCGAAAUGGAUGACCAGCCCCCGGCCAAUUCCCGUCGCUUGAUUGGGCACUCUGGUCCUGUUUAUGCCGUUGCUUUCCAGCCCUCGGCUACACGCGCCGAGAACGUGCAUCCUGAUGACUACGUGCCUACCAAUGCUCGUUUCCUUCUUUCAUCUUCCGCGGACAAGACUAUUCGACUUUGGUCUCUAGAUACAUGGCAAUGCAUGGUUGUCUAUAAGGGUCACGAUCGACCUGUCUGGGAUCUUUGCUGGGGACCAUUUGGUCACUACUUUGUUUCGGGCGGAUCUGACCGGACGGCUCGCCUCUGGGUUACGGAUCAUAUUCGCCAGCAGCGCAUCUUUGUCGGCCACGACCAAGAUGUGGACUGUGUCUGCUUCCACCCCAAUUCCGCGUAUAUCUUCACUGCGAGCUGUGACCACACGGUCCGGAUGUGGGCCGUCACUACCGGAAAUGCGGUACGAAUGUUCACCGGUCAUACUGGUAAUAUCACUGCCAUGGAGUGCAGCCGUGACGGAAAGAUUCUUGCCUCUGCUGAUGAUCAGGGAUCAAUUUUCCUGUGGGAUCUCGCCCCUGGUCGACUGUUGAAGCGCAUGCGGGGACACGGAAAGGGUGGGAUCUGGUCCCUUAGCUGGAGUGUUGAAUCGACCGUGCUGGUUUCGGGCGGCGCGGAUGGAACUGUCCGGAUUUGGGACGUGACUGGUCCUCAGGAUGCGAACCAAGGUCGGGUGCUUGAAGGCUCUGGCGCUACCAAGAUUGAUGCCGCCAAUGCUCCUGCAGGGGCCGCCGCUCAAAGCAAGAAGAAGAAGGGCAAGGACGUCGUGGUGACUCCUGAUCAGAUCAGUGCUUUCCCGACGAAGAAGACCGCUGUGUACAAAGUCAAGUUCACAAACAUGAACCUUGUUGUUGCUGGAGGUGCUUAUCUCCCUUAG